AUGCAUCCCAAAGGCUCUAGCUUAAUAGAGCUAAAGCAGUUAAGCAACAUACUUAAAACAGAUCAACAAGAAAAGGCUAAAGAAAAACAAUUAUUAGAGGUUAAGUCUACUUCUGAGUUAAAAAUACCAGUAAGUCAAACUUCUAUUGCUAAGGAAAAAAAUAAGAAAGAAUUACAAAAAGCAGAUAUUAAAUUUUUUGAGUUAUCAGAAAAAGGUAAUUAUCAUGAACCAAGAUGCCUUGAACAAAGUAUGCAAAGCUGGAUAGAAAAUGUGUCUCUUCUUAAGCAAGAAACCAAGUUAUCUCCUUGGCAAAAUAAAGACUAA